UCUAAGGACCAGCUCUGAGUGGGUGACCUCUAAGGACCAGCUCUGAGUGGGUGACCUCUGAGGACCAGCUCUGAGUAAGUGACCUCUGAGGACCAGCUCUGAGUGGGUGACCUCUGAGGACCAGCUCUGAGUGGGUGACCUCUGAGGACCAGCUCUGAGUGGGUGACCUCUGAGGACCAUCUCUGAGUAAGUGACCUCUGAGGACCAGCUCUGAGGGGGUGACCUCUGAGGACCAGCUCUGAGUGAGUGACCUCUGAGGACCAGCUCUGAGUGGAUGACCUCUGAGGACCAGCUCUGAGUGGAUGACCUCUGAGGACCAGCUCUGAGUGAGUGACCUCUGAAGACCAGCUCUGAGUAAGUGACCUCUGAGGACCAGCUCUGAGUGACCUCUGAGGACCAGCUCUGAGUGACCUCUGAGGACCAGCUCUGAGGGGGUGACCUCUGAGGACCAGCUCUGAGUGAGUGACCUCUGAGGACCAGCUCUGAGUGGAUGACCUCUGAGGACCAGCUCUGAGUGAGUGACCUCUGAAGACCAGCUCUGAGUAAGUGACCUCUGAGGACCAGCUCUGAGUGACCUCUGAGGACCAGCUUUGAGUGGGUGACCUCUGAGGACCAGCUCUGAUUGAGUGACCUCCCUGGACCCUGUAGUUGAGAACUAUCAAAAUCAAGAGAUGAUACAAAAUCCCGAUUUCUUUGUCUGCUUUUUGGGGAUCCUGCUGGUGCAAUGUUCUCUGGCAAGACCAUCGGAUGAGCAGGAUUAUUAUCAAGAGAUUGUGUCGAGGGAUCACUAUUACUCAUAUCCGGUCCCUGAGGAGGUGCAGACCCCCCUGGAGCCAGAGGGAGAAAUGGAGGUACCUCCAGAACCUAUCAUGGAGGUGAUCCAUGAGAGUCAGGACACUCGGGAAGACCUCUAUCCGGUGCAAAAGAAAGAUACCAUCAAACAUAAGAAGAUGAAAGGAAAAGAAGGGAAAACCCAGAAGACAGACAAAAACAGCAGCAAGAAGGCAGAGAAAAACAAGAAAGAGUCAGAAAAAUUUGCUUUUGGAACAGGAGCGGAGAAGAUAACCCAAGACGUCAGAGAAAGUUGCCCCCCUCUAGGGCUGGAGACAUUAAAAGUAACAGAUUUCCAGCUUCACGCUUCAACAGUGAAACGUUACGGAUUGGGAGCACACAGAGGUCGUCUCAAUAUCCAGGCAGGGGUCAACGAGAACGACCUGUAUGACGGGGCUUGGUGUGCUGGAAGAAGUGACCUGCAGCAGUGGCUGGAGGUAGAUGCUCGAAGACUCACCAAAUUCACAGGGGUCAUUACACAAGGCAGGAACUCGCUCUGGCUGAGUGACUGGGUCACAUCUUAUCGAGUCAUGGUCAGUAAUGACAGUCACAGCUGGGUCUUUGCAAGAAAUGAAACUGGAGAUCUGAUUUUUUCAGGGAAUAGCGAGAAGGAAAUUCCAGUCCUGAAUGAGUUCCUAGAGCCCUUGGUGGGCCGCUAUAUUCGGAUCAAUCCACGCUCGUGGUACGAAGAAGGCAGCAUAUGUAUGAGGAUGGAAAUACUUGGAUGUCCUUUGCCAGACCCCAAUAAUUAUUAUUACAGAAGGAAUGAGCUGACAACAUCCGACAACCUGGAUUUCCAACAUCACAAUUACAAGGAAAUGAGACAGCUGAUGAAAGUGGUGAACGAGAUGUGCCCUGAUAUCACGCGUGUGUAUAACAUUGGUCGCAGCCAUGAGGGACUGAAGCUGUACGCCAUGGAGAUGUCUGAUAAACCCGGGGAGCACGAAGUUGGAGAACCUGAAUUCCGAUACAUGGCUGGAGCCCAUGGAAAUGAAGUCCUAGGACGUGAACUUAUUCUCUUGCUGAUGCAGUUCAUGUGUCAGGAGUACCUGGCAGACAACAAACGUAUCAGACAUCUGAUCACCAAUACACGUCUCCAUUUCCUUCCAUCUGUGAACCCAGAUGGGUACGAGAAGGCUGCUGAACUGGGCUCUGAACUGGGAGGCUGGUCUUUGGGCCGCUGGACAGCGGAUGGGAUUGACAUAAAUAACAAUUUUCCAGACUUGAAUUCAAUGUUGUGGGAGUCAGAGGAUCAUCCUAGGAAUAUGCGCAGAGUCCUGAACAACCACAUCCCAAUCCCUGACUGGUUUCAGUACGAGAAUGCCACAGUUGCUAUUGAAACCCGUGCCCUAAUUACAUGGAUGGAAAAGAUUCCCUUUGUUCUCGGUGGAAACCUCCAAGGAGGAGAGCUGGUGGUGUCUUAUCCUUUCGACAUGGUGCGGUCACUGUGGAAGACCCAGGAGUAUACAGCAACACCGGAUGACCAUGUGUUUCGUUGGUUGGCAUACUCCUAUGCAUCCACCCAUCGGCAUAUGACAGACUCAAGUCGGAGGCCAUGCCACACUGAGGAUUUUAACAAGGAGGAGGGAAGUGUGAAUGGAGCCUCUUGGCAUACAGUGGCUGGAAGUAUUAAUGAUUUUAGCUAUUUGCACACCAACUGCUUUGAGAUCUCCAUAUACUUGGAUUGUGACAAGUAUCCGCACGGAAGUGAACUGGCAGAACAGUGGGAAAAUAACAGAGAGUCCUUGAUUGUCUUCAUGGAGCAGGUUCACCGUGGAAUUAAAGGAGUUGUGAGAGACAUAUACGGACGCGGGAUAGGAAAUGCAGUUAUAUCUGUGGAAGGAAUCAAUCAUGAUAUUCGUACAGCAAGUGAUGGCGAUUAUUGGCGACUUCUGAAUCCAGGAGAAUAUGCGGUAACAGCUCGAGCUGAAGGCUUUACACCCUCCACCAAAAACUGUGCUGUUGGAUAUGAAAUGGGAGCCACACGAUGUGACUUCACCUUAGCCAAGUCCAACCUGGCACGGAUCAGGGAGAUCAUGGAGAGGUUUGGGAAGCAGCCAGUCAGCAUGUCUCUGCGACGCAGGAGAGUCCGAGUCAGAGCAGGUCAUCAUACCUAGAGUUUGUCUUGGCACAAAAUUCAAGCUAACGAAAAGUCAAGUUGGAAACAACAUAAAUGGACCACUUAAUUGAAGGAACGGCGGUUGAGGAUUCGGUCUCCAGUCAUCUUGCUAAAAGAUAGGAUCCUCCGAGAAGCUCUUCUAAUUAUGGCACCUUAUGACAAUCGCUAACCUAAAGUCUACAGAUAUGGACCACUCCUUUCUCUUAGAGCUGUAGGAAUCUCUCAAGGACCCUUAGAUCUUGAGUUUGUCAUAUUAUAGACUCAUCCUAACUCUAUGACAAGAGUAAUGUACAGGUUAUAGGAAGUCUGGGAAUAGAUAUUCAGAUGUUACAUCUUUGAAUCAUGGUUGCGUUAUAAAAGACAACAACUUUAGAUCGCUACUUUGUGCUGUUGAAGACCAUAGUUUUUCCUACUAUUUGCCUCAAUAUAUUGCUUCCUGCAUGCUUCAGUUCACUCCUAGCACCAAGAAACGCUGGCAUCAACCAGUGACGACGGGGGACAAGAUAUUUCCUCCAAUAACAUUGGCAUUUUCUUGCCCUACAAUAUUCUGAGAUGCUUCGAAGAUUGGACUGGAUACACAUUCUACCUUGGGAUGUUGGAAUAUGCCAAAAUGUAUGGAACUAUGGCCACUAAACUUAAUCAAAAGCACCUUAAACCAUUGCCAGCAUUACUUCUACGUUUAAAAAAAUUGCCGUUCUGCAUUUUAGGUUGUGCAAAUAGCCAAAUGUCAAAUUUAAUGAGAAAAUUGAAAAUGUAAAAAAAAUACAAGUUCCGGCAAUUCCUUUCACAUCCGCGCAAUCCUAGAGUCAUUGUAUCUGGACUCAACCACUAUGCUUCAAAUCAUAUAAUUGGCUUUCUGUUGGCUUUUUAAUUGUUUCUGUCAAGUGACUGUUCCUAAUUUACAUGAUAUUUAAUCAGUUUUGCUCUCAUGCUAGAUAAUAGUGCACAUGGCAAUAAUCUGCUAACUGGUGGCAAUACCUUACAGCAUUUUUUGAUUGAAAACCUUAAAUUCUUGUGUUUAAUAUAAAAUUUGUCUAACAUCUGAUAUCUUAGAAAUAAAGGCAAUGCAACUUUC